GACAAAAACAUUUAGUACAGCGAGCGAGCCCGAGCUGGUGGUACGGUGAAGGCUUAGAAGUCACGUUGAAUUUCCUUCUUUCUGCAGUCUGUAUAUGAUAAAGCUUCAAAAUCAAGCGAUAUGGAAAAUCAGAAAAUUGGCAUCGUGGGAAGCGGAUUGAUAGGGCGGAGCUGGGCGAUGAUCUUUGCCAGUGCUGGAUACAAUGUCACAAUAUUUGAUAUAGAGCCCUCUCAGGUGAGCAAUGCCUUGAAGUUGAUCAAGGAACAGCUAGAGGAGUUGACUGCAUCAGGGAUGUUAAGAGGUACCCUGUCUGCCGAGGCCCAAUAUGCUCUACUUAAAGGAAGUAAUAGCAUGGAGGAAGCUUUAUCAGGAGCAUCAUUUGUACAGGAAUGUGUCUUUGAGAAUCUUGAAGUGAAGCAGAAGGUGUUCAGUGAGAUGGAGCAACAUGUUGGGGAUGACACCAUAUUGAGUAGCUCGUCAUCUUGUAUCAUGCCGUCCAAAUUCACAGAGAACCUUAAACGUCGCAAUCAGUGUAUCAUCUCCCAUCCUAUUAAUCCACCAUACUAUGCACCCUUGGUAGAAAUCAUUCCUGCCCCCUGGACUGACCAGUCCGUGAUUGAUAGGACUAGGACCAUCAUGGAAACCGUUGGCCAAGUACCGGUCACUCUGAAGAAGGAGGUCCCAGGAUUCGCUGUCAAUAGGGUCCAGUAUGCUAUUAUUGCUGAGGUGUGGAGGCUUGUUGAGGGAGGUGUGCUUUCAGCUGAUGAUGUGGAUAAAGUAAUGUCUGCUGGUCUAGGUUUAAGAUAUGCAUUCCUUGGUCCAUUAGAAGUCAUGCAACUCAAUGCAGAGGGCAUGCACAGCUACAUGGACAGAUACACUAAGGGCAUGCACGAUGUUCUCGGUGACUUCGGCCCCACCCCAACUUUCACUGGGAAAGGCCUGGAACAAAUCGCGAAGGAAAUGAAUGCCAAGAUUCCACUGGAUAAACUUGAAGAACACCGCAAAGCUAGAGAUACCAAACUUGCCGCCCUUGCCAAGCUGAAGAAGGACUUGGAAAGAGAAGGAAAAUAAGCCUUAUCAAAUUAUGAACCUGUUGCCUACCAAAGUCUUUGAUUCCCUUAUCAUUGGUGAGCUUUUAAAGCAGUGUAAUCCAAAAUCUUAAAAUGUUUAGGACGGCUUGGAUAAA